UAUCUUGUAACCACGCGGACGAAGUCGCGGGCAACAGCUAGUAUAAUAUGUUACGGAACUCUUCCAGCUUUAGUCAGACUUGCACUUGUCCGCUUUCCACGAAAAGAAUUGGAAUCAAAUCAUGAUUAAUGAAUAACCAUGAAUAAUGAAUGACAUUAAGGAGUACCUUAAUUUCAUUCAUUUUGGUUAUAUUAUCCUAAGUUUUACUCCAAGACGGCUGAUUGCUUAGCCAUUAUACAUUUACUACUCGAGUAAGCUCCUCGUCAAAAGAAUGUCGGGAGAAAAUUUAAUUGAACAAUCAUGUAAAUUAAACACGGAAAAUCACAGCAAAGCUGUGAAUGGCAAAAUGGAACCAGCAGCAGAUGCCGAAGCGUCGCCGCGUCCAAAACUAAUACUUUUUUGGCCGAACAUUGUGCUAUUUGUUGUUUUCCAUGUGGCAUUAGUUUAUGCCAUUUAUUUAGCCUUCACGAAGGCUAUGUGGCAGACUAAUGUUUUCGCCUAUGUACUGGGUUUAUUAUCAAAUGUCAGCGUCACGGCUGGAGUGCACAGAUUGUGGUCACAUAGAGCGUACAAAGCCAAGCUGCCCUUGCGCUUGUUUCUCUUAUUUUUCUUCACCAUGAUUUACGAGGGUUCUGUAUUACAUUGGGUACGCGACCACCGUGUGCACCACAAGCAUUGCGACACAGACGCUGAUCCCCACAACUCAAGGCGAGGAUUUUUCUAUGCACAUGUUGGCUGGGCGAUGGCAAGGAAAAACCCGGAGGUCAUCGCUAAAGGACGCACAAUCGACGUAAGCGAUAUACUGAGCGAUCCCUGGCUGCGAUUCCAACACAAGUAUUACUUACGCUUGGUCAUCGUUAUCUGCUACGUUCUGCCAACAUAUAUUCCUACGUUAUGGGGGGAGGAAGCAUGGACUGCAUUCUUCGUUGCUGGUGUUUUACGACAUGUGCUAUCAACCCACGCGAUAGCCCUCAUCAAUUCAGCAGCUCACAUGUACGGCACCAAACCCUACGAUAAAAACAUUCUUCCAGUGGAGAACAAACUUGUGUCGCUACUUGCUACUGGUGAGGGCUUCCACAACUAUCACCAUACUUUCCCAUGGGAUUACAAAGCAGCUGAAUUAGGAGGAUAUUCGUUGAAUUUUGCCACGUUUUUCAUUGAUGUAAUGGCAAAACUUGGUUUAGCAUACGAUUUGAAAACAGUAUCACCGGAGCUAAUAGAGAAACGUGUCAAGAAAACUGGAGAUGGAUCGCACCCGGUAUGGGGGUGGAAUGAUAAAGACAUGCCUGAAGAGGAUAGGAAAAGUGCUAUAAUUUUGUAAAUAUUAAUUUGACUGAUGUUAUAUAUUUUUAUAAAAAUUUUCAAUUAAACAAAAUUUAUAUA